UAAGAAGGAAAAUGUGUAGAUGUAUCCAUAUAUAUAUGAAGCAUAAUUUUUAGCUUGUUUUGGUAAAUGAGUUCACAGUAAGUAAGACUUAAUUAGAGCUUGAGAGAGAUCUAGAGAGAGAGAGAGAGAGAUGAAAGAGGAAAAGCUGGAUGUGAUUCUGGUUCCUUUGGGUCUGUUGGUGAUGGCAAUGUAUAACGGGUGGCUGUUAAUAACCAUCCUUCGCACCCCAACGCGGACUGCCAUAGGUCUCAACGCAGUGAGUAGGCAACAAUGGGUCAUUUCCAUGAUGGCUGAUCCUGCACAUAAUGGCAUGUUGGCAGUUCAAACAAUUCGUAACAGCAUAAUGGCAUCCGCAUUACUAGCAACAACAGCCAUAACUCUAUGUUCGAUCAUCGGCGUCAUCGUCAACAACUUAUUGGUUCAUGGCAGCAGUAAGACUUAUUCCCUCUUCUACACAGUCAAGUAUUUGGCCAUCUUGCUCUGUUUCUUUGUUGCUUUCAUUUGCAAUGUGCAAUCUAUUCGGCAUUAUGCCCAUGUUAGCUACUUGGUCACAAUUCCGGCAUUGAAAGAUAGAAUAGAUUCAAUUGCUUACAUGGCGACCAGCCUCAACUGGGGAUGCUACUUCUGGUUCCUUGGAUUGCGUGCUUUCUACAUUUCCUUCCCUCUCUUCCUUUGGAAUUUUGGGGCCAUACCCAUGUUCGCUUGUUGCUGCUUGAUGCCCUGUAUACAGUAUUUCUUGGAUACGACCACCAGUCUUACACGGAGCCUUCAUGGUUCUUGUUUUGGAGAGGGGAUGGUGAGAAUGGAUGAUGUUGAAUCAUCUACUCACCCGCCUUUGUUGUCCCGCACUUGUAAUAUUGUUUAUUAGUUAAUUAAUUAGUUGA